UAUAUAAUAGCUGUUUUUCGAUGUACUGGUCACUGCAAAAGAUACACGAUAUUGAAAGUACAAAAUUACUCAACGUAGAAUUUGAAUUUGAUUCACCAACAAUGAUCAAACGGGCCAAUCCACUAAAUCGAAAAUGAUUCACAUAGUAAAGACGGUAAACAGCCCUUGGUUAAUAGCUGUUUAGCGAUGUACUUGUCACUGUAAAAGAUAUACGAUAUUAAAAGAACAAAAUUACUCAACGUAGAAUUUGAAUUACCAACAACGAUCAAGCGGACCAAUCCACUAAAUCAAAACUGAUUCACAUAGUGAAGAAAUGGCUCUAAAUACAUUGCCAUGGCUGAAUCAAUGCUUCGUGGAGAAGAUUCUGCGAAAAUCGGAAAGCGACGAUUCGAUUCAAGCGAUCAAUGUAUUCUCGAAUCCGGGCUCAAACAAGGGUGACAACUAUAUGUGCGAUAUUGUCAGGAUUACUGCUGAAUUUUCGCGUGAACAAGAAGACCGUAUGAUUGUAGAAAAGAAAUCAAUCAUCCUUAAAGUUUCGCCUACAUCCGAAAGUGUUCGAUUCAAUUGGUUUACACAAGCAGAUUUCUUUCGUACCGAGACAUCGAUGAUGUUAGAUACCUUGGAUAAAAUGAAUAAGCUGUUAGGACCAAAGCACCGUUUAAGCGGGAAAGGUCUGUACAUGCAAAAUGAACAUCCAUCGCUUCUAGCGAUUGAAGAUCUCAUGCCUCUCGGCUUUCGCAUGACCGAUCUAACUGGUCUCGACUUAGCUCAUUCCAUAUUGGUGCUUCACGGACUAGCUAGGUUUCAUGCAGCCUCUGUAGCUGUAUGCGAAAAGGAACCAAAGCAGAAGGAGAUGUACACAAGAGGAUUAUUUAACAACCAGAAUCCAUCAGAAACGAAAGAUUUUUUUAAUAGGGGUACUAAAGCUUUAUCAGAAGAGAUUGUAAACUGGCCAGAAGUGAAAAAAUAUUCGGAAAAGAUUGCUAAACUCUCCGAUCACAUAUAUCAAAUAGCAACAGAUGCAGCCAAGCUCUCUGAGAAUGAAUUUAAUGUUAUUAAUCACGGCGAUUCUCACUUGAAAAAUAUGUUGUUUAAAUAUGACAAUGAUAGCAAUCCUACUGAUCAGAUUUUUGUGGAUUUCCAGGCCAGCGUCUACACAUCACCGGCAGUAGAUUUUCUAUAUUUUCUCAAUUCAAGUCUUUCGCUUGAUGUCUUUGAAAACAAGAAAAACGUUUUAUUAAACGAAUACUUUAGCACCUUGUUGACAACUAUGAAGCAACUAAACUGCAAGACAAAGCCGCCCACAACGGAGGAACUAAAGGAUGCCAUAAAGCGUAGGACUAGCUUAGAAAUGGUGUCAUCCUUCGCGGUUUUACCGUUAAUGCUGUGCCCUAAGACUGAAGCGAAAGAUUUUGAUGAGAUGAUGACCACUGGUACUUGGAUUAAUCCAGGCUUAAAAAGUGAAGAGUUUAAAAAAUUUAUGAUAAAGAAUAUUCCACUGUAUGAUGAGUGGGGUUUACUGGACCUUUAACGCAUACUUGAUUUCUAAUAAUCAAAUAAAGUAAAAAUAAUACAGAUAUCUGA